AAAAUGUUUUUUUUACUUUGAGAAUAGCUAUCCUGGAAUAACUAGACUGCAAUUUGUACUUUAAUUCACAAAUUAGCGAUUAUGCCCGCUCCCUCCCCAUUAUGUUCGAUAAAAUUAGUUUUCCAUUUCGUCUCAUGUCUGUCAUUCCACACAGAUAAAUGUUCACUUGCCUUUCGGUACAACACUACAAACUACAACCACAAUCAUAUAUUUUUUUCUUGUUUAGUAUUCGUUCUGUUUUUUUUCUUUGUUAUUUUAAACAAUCAAAACGUUACUCACAAAACACAUAAGGCACAUUUGUUUACCUGGCGUACACAUUACGUCACAAGAACUCUUUCAUCCAAACACGAGGUGGGGAUGAACACGUGAGCUGACGUAAGCCUUACGUCGGCGGAAGUUGACAAGGGUGAACCAGUUUUAUUGAAAGUCAUCUAUUUUACAUCAGGUUGUUCCGAUGUUUUGCCACAGCCGGACACAAACGCAUUAUUAAAAUAUGCUUACGGUAAAUGACUUAUCGGCCGUUGAACGUUUUUGGUUAGCUCCGUUUUAACGCCGAAAUUCCCUCAAUUUAGACAUUUAUGACCAAGACUCUGUACGACUGAUGCAGCCCCUCGUCAUGUCGAAGAUGGCGAGAAGCCUCUUACGACUGUUGACGGGCUGCCAGCGCCUUGCUUCAUCUCCAUCCGUGUGUCUUCAUUUCUGCCGUUCGUCUACCGGUUUGCCAUUCGGAAGCAGCUUUGUGCGGAGUAUGGUGGCACUGCCAUUUUCCUUUUCCCUGAAGCCUCGGGACUUCAGCCUACCCAACUCCUCGUGGAGUGCAGAAAUGAUGCGCUUGUAUGACUUCUACAACAGCCAAUGUGAGCCGGAAAAUGAAUCUGGAGAGAAACAAAGGGGACCUUGGAGGAGAGUGCCCAGCUACAAUCGGACCCUCAAGUAUGCCGCAGGAGGAGCCUAUCUCAGCAAAUUAAUCCAGUCCAAAAAUCGUCUUUUCACCCGAAGCAUCAAAACCACAGGAGCUGCAUUUGAGUAUGUCAUGUUUAUUAACAAAGAAGAGCAGAGAUGUGUUUGCAUUUUCCAGGCUGGACACCUGCUGGAGGGCCCUCCAGGGCAUGUCCACGGGGGGGCAAUCGCCACUAUGAUUGACUCUGUCACAGGCGCUCAUGCAACUUUCCUGUCUGGACCAGUCAUGACAGCCAAUCUCAACAUCAAUUACCGCAGCCCCAUCCCGUUGGGAAGUACAGUGAUACUCGAAUCCUCCCUUGACAACAAGGAAGGUAGAAAAACAUUCAUUUCCUGUAAAGUGACCAGCACUGAUGGUUCCAAGCUGCACACUGAGGCAACAGCACUCUUCCUGUCUAUCAAAGUCGGCCAUUUAUUGGGAAUGUGACA